AUGUUGUUAGAACAAUGUUGUAACAAUAAAGAGUAUAAUGAUCGUUUGCGUGUCUUAAGGGUUAACGUUUUAGUCAAAGGUCAAUCAGUACAAACAUGUCAAACAUGUGUAUUGAGUCUCGACUCUGUUGCCCAACAAUUAGAACAAAUCACUUCCACUGGUUCAUUUGAUUCAUGUUCUGAAAUUUGUUCAGAAUUAAGCAACUCAACAGCUGUUCAAAGUACCAAUCAAUGCUUGACCAACGUUGCCAACCCAUCGGGUAACUUUGGUCUAGUCAGAACCCAAAGCUUCCCAGCCGACUGGCGCAACUACACCUUUACAGCCAAAUACCAAUUGUUCAAUCGCAUCAAUGUCGGUCAAUUUGUCUUUAAUAUCACCGGUGACAAUUGGACACCAUUGCUCUCUACAAGUUCUUACUUUUUCGAUGCACCCAAAGCAAAAGGUUACAAGCAACAAUGGGUUGCUUACCUCAACAGUACUACCUUUCCUCAAGGUGAUGCCUUUGAACUCACUGUUUCUGCUUGUGCUGGUGUUUGUGCAUCUCCCUAUCAAUCGGCAAUCAAUAAUCUAAUCGAUGAUUGUAAUAAAGAAAUAAGAGAAAAGAUUUAUUCAACAUUCAACUUUAAAGAGAUAUGUACUAAAUCGAUAACACCAAUCAAUGAAGUGGCAUCGAUUGUUGGUAUUGAUAUUACCAAAGAGAGUGAUCAUUCGUUAAAGUGGAAUUCAAUCUAUACCUAUUAUCGAUACAUGUUUGCAGCCAAUUCAUUUGACCAUCGAUACAUUGCACACAUGAAUACGCGACAUGUUGAUCUAACAACUACCACUGACCCUCUACCAUUUAACAAUUACGUCAAUGCAAAAGAUGUUUGGUGGUUUGAUGUUGGUAAUAUGUUUACUCUACCAAUUGGUAACUAUCGUGUAUAUUGGAUGGUAAAGUAUAAAUUUAGUGGAUGGGUUGAUGUAUGGCAUCAAAUUGAAGAUGGUGAUUACAAAAGUGAAAAGGUAACAACUAGACGUCACUUUAACAAGAAUGAUGAUGGUGGUAAUAAAUGGACCUAUUUUGAUGGUGGAUUGGUGAUACCCGAUAAAAGUAUGAUAGGUAAAACAACAACAACAACAAUGUCUGUGCACGCUAAACUCACAAAUGUUGAUAGCUCUCAUAAAUCUGGUUUCUAUGUUGCUUUUGCUUUGUUUGUACCUAUAGAAAAAGAAGAAGAAUCAAUCAUUCAUACACCUAAUAUAUUAUGUAAAACUAAUCUUGAAAUGAUAAACAAGAAGAAGAAUAAAAAGAAUAAAAAGAAAUAA